AUGAAAAACAAAAUACGAGUUACAAAUGAAGAGGAUAGCAAUAAUAAUGUUGAGAUUAUUGCUGUGAUAAUAACCGUGACAAGAUAUCGUUUGAUAAACCGCUCAUAUUCCGCCACUGUGGAAAAAGUAAUCGGAAUAGCUUGGGCAUGCCAUUCAUUAUGUCGGAUUGAAUUUGCGGGCAAUCCGGUCACUAUCCAUGCCUAUUCCAUCGACUAUAAAAGCGUAGAUAAUGGAAAACAAGUAUGCAGUAAACCGGAAUUCAUAAAUGAAGAUAAUAUAUCAGGAAAGAUUCACCCCGAUCUGACAAUUAUUUGUUAA